GGAGGUUGCAUUGAAUGAGGAGAGGAUUGAUUGCCUCCUUCCUUUGUUCCUAAUAUGUCAUCGUUGUCCCCUAUCCCUAUCGACGACACCAACGACUGGUCAAGUUUGUUUUUAAGGCAAAAAGUCAUUGUGUGACCAUAUAGUUCAUAUCCCUUACAAAUAAGAUGCAAGCCUUCACAUUUGAUCUUAAACUAGUGAUCAUAAAACCGAACCUUCCCUACCACUGGCUGGUCCAAAGUGAUUUCUACACAUGCUCUAGCAAUUUUUCCACGCGUUGCAUCAGCACUUGUCUCGGGUCACCCUACCACUGAUGCUCUCAUCGUAGUACUUCGUAACUAAGGAAAUAUGGUCCAAAUGAGGGUUUCCCAAUCUAUUUAUUUUUUUAGUGAAAUUUAUUUAUUUAUUUAUUUUUUUCCAUUCGCAAUACUUUAUUGAAAAAUAGCAACUAGGACUAGGCGUAAGUUUAUGGUCAGAAAGUCUCUUAUAAUAGAAGAAAAGAAAAGAGCGAGGGUGGAGUGAAAGUAUAACUAGAGAAGAGAAGAAGCCAUUGUUUUGCGUUGUUGAUUGGGUUAUGAAGUCAUAUCGAUUUUCAGAGCUGAGCGACGACGAGGUUCGCAGCCUCAUCGCUCGCCCUCGCAUCGAUUUCUCUUCCGUUUUCGCUCUGGUCAACCCCAUUGUUGACCACGUUCGCCAAAGAGGCGAUGCUGCUGUCAAAGAAUACACUUUCAGAUUCGACAAAGCUGAAUUUGAUAACAUUGUUCAACUUGUCUCCGACCUUCCGGAUCCACUGCUCGAUCCACGUGUUAAGGAAGCUUUUGAUAUCGCCUACGAUAAUAUUUAUGCGUUUCAUGCUGCUCAGAGGACACCUGAAAGAAAUGUUGAGAACAUGAAAGGAGUUCGAUGCAAGCGAGUUGCGAGAAGUAUUAAUUCUGUGGGCCUUUAUGUUCCAGGGGGAACUGCUGUAUUACCCUCAACAGCUCUCAUGCUUUCAGUUCCUGCACAGAUUGCUGGAUGUAAAACUAUCGUUCUUGCAACUCCUCCAGCUCAGGAUGGCACUAUAUGCAAGGAGGUAGUGUAUUGUGCAAAGAAGGCCGGGGUGACUCACAUCCUCAAAGCAGGAGGAGCUCAGGCAAUAUCUGCCAUGGCUUGGGGAACAGAAACUUGUCCCAAGGUUGAGAAGAUUUUUGGUCCAGGAAACCAAUAUGUCACAGCUGCAAAAAUGAUACUGCAAAACAGUGAAGCCAUGGUUUCAAUUGACAUGCCAGCUGGUCCAUCUGAAGUUUUAGUCAUUGCUGACAAGCAUGCGAUUCCUCGUCAUGUAGCUGCCGAUUUGCUUUCCCAGGCUGAGCAUGGCCCUGAUAGCCAGGUUGUGCUUGUGAUUACUGGUGAAGGUGUGGAUGUGAAUGCCAUCGAGGAGGAACUCAAAAAGCAGUGCCAGAGUCUUCCAAGAGGAGAGUUUGCUGCUAAAGCCCUGACCCAUAGUUUUAUUGUUUAUGCACAUGAUAUGCUUGAGUCAAUCAAAUUCUCAAACUUAUAUGCACCUGAGCAUCUAAUUGUCAAUGUGAAGGAUGCAGAGAAGUGGGAGGGUUUUAUAGAGAAUGCAGGUUCCGUAUUUUUAGGGCCAUGGACACCAGAGAGCGUUGGUGAUUAUGCAAGUGGGACAAAUCAUGUUCUUCCCACUUAUGGUUAUGCAAGGAUGUAUGGUGGUGUUUCAUUGGAUUCUUUCUUGAAGUACAUAACAGUGCAAUCUCUCACAGAAGAAGGCCUGAGAAAACUUGGGCCAUAUGUAGCAACCAUGGCUGAAGUUGAAGGUCUCGAUGCCCACAAGCUAGCAGUUACCCUAAGGCUUGAGGACAUAGAAGCCAGGCAUGUUUUAACAUGAGAUAAUGAUAAUUUAUGGUAAGCCUGCUAUCAUUUGCUUGAUUAUUGGCUUAUGUAAAAUUAGUAGCAACAGCCAUUUUUACGCCAUGUAACUAUAAUGGUUUUGAAAUUUUAAAUUGAGACGAAAAUUAGGUUUUUGAUAGAGUGGACAUUUAUCAUCUGAGUUUCUGGGAUCA